ACCACUUCUGAUAAAACCAUCUUUAUCCGAAAUUAAUGGAGGUUCCAAUUCUGGGGCGGCGGCAGCGGUGGCUGCUAAUGGAAUCCAUGGGGCCUUGGAUGGGGAUGGUGCUGUCCCUGUACACCGAGGGAUUUGAAGCAAAGGCACAAACUAGAGAGGAAACCAUUGCUUCUUUUUCUACAUUGAAGGAGAUGGCUGUUGCUUCAACUACCCUCCAUUUCACUCUUAAUACUGGGGCGAAGAUCCCUUCAGUAGGCCUGGGAACUUGGCAAUCCGAGCCCGGCGUCGUCGGCCAGGCCGUCAUCGCCGCUGUUAAGGCUGGUUACAGGCAUAUAGAUUGUGCGCGAGCUUAUGCAAAUGAGAAUGAGAUUGGCUUGGCUUUGAAAAAGCUGUUUGAUGAUGGCGUGGUGAAACGUGAGGAGCUAUUUGUGACCUCUAAACUAUGGAGUACUGAUCAUGAUCCAGAAGAUGUACCAGCUGCAAUGGAAGCAACCUUGAAAGAUUUACAACUUGACUAUGUGGAUCUUUAUCUGAUCCACUGGCCUUUUCGCCUCAAGAAAGGGAGUGCUCUGUCCCAUGAAAACCUUAUCCCCACGGACAUACCUGGCACCUGGGCUGCAAUGGAGAAAUUAUACGAGUCUGGUAAGGCACGAGGCAUUGGUGUAAGUAACUUCAGUACCAAGAAGCUGGAGGAUUUGCUUGCAACAGCACGAAUUUCUCCUGCUGUUAACCAGGUGGAAUGUCACCCUGUUUGGCAACAAACCAAGCUUCGCAAAUUCUGUCAAUCAAAAGGCAUUCACCUCACUGCAUUUUCUCCUCUGGGUUCACCAGGUACAGUAUUUAUCAAAGGGGAUGUUCUUUCUAAUCCAACAGUAAAGAUGGUUGCUCAGGAACUGGGCAAGACGCCGGCACAAGUUGCCGUACGUUGGGGGAUUCAAAUGGGUCAUAGUGUCUUGCCAAAGAGCACGCAUGAAACUAGAAUUAAGGAGAACUUUGAUGUAUUCAGCUGGUCUAUUCCUGAUCAUCUGUUUGUAAAGUUCUUUGAAAUUGAACAGGCAAGGCUGAACAGAGGUGAAUUUUGGGUCAACUUGCAAGGCUUGUACAAAAGUGUAGAAGAAAUUUGGGAUGGAGAGAUCUAAUGCUGGAGGAAUUUGAGCUCUGAUUUCCUUCAACGUUGAUUGGGCGUGUUCUAGUGCAAUAAUUGGGAGCCAAUGAUGGCCAGUAUUUUCCUGUAAUGCUUGAGAUGUUUAGGAAGGUCUUUUGUUCAGGUCUUAUAGCUCUAUGGUUUCUGUGCUGGUUCACUUCGUUUUGAUUCCUAUAUAGAUAUUAAACUAAAUAAAAUAAAAAAAAAUAAAAAACAACUAUUGGUGCCUUUCUUUAUUA